GAAAAAAUGCAGCAAAUUCAUAAAGAAAAGUUACAAGACCUUUUCCGGCUAGUAAGGAGGUCAUACAGGAUCAAGUCACUGUUUGCUGUGAAGCCGUUAGAAGUAUUCGUCGAGGAGAGAGAGAAGAGACCAGAAGGAAAGAGACUUGCUGAAAGCCUGACCUUGAUAGAUCUGCUAGGAUAUGGUGUAGGGUGUACUAUAGGCUCUGGUAUCUAUUCACUGAUUGGGAUUGGAGCUGGUAUUGCAGGUCCUGGAGUGGUUAUUUCACUGCUCAUUGCAGCCUCCUCUUGUGUACUCACUGCAUUAGCUUAUUCUGAAUUUGCUGCUCGGCUACCUGUCACUGGGUCUGCAUACAGCUAUGCUUAUGCUUCGUUUGGGGAGUUUCUGGCAUGGAUGAUCGGGUGGAAUCUUACACUUGAGUAUUCUAUUAGUUCAGCUGCAAUAGCUCGUGGAUGGGGAGGCUAUUUCAUUGGGUUCUGGGACCAAUGGGGACUCACGUUACCAGACUGGAUCAAUAAUGUACCCUGUGGUAUUACAUCUCUCAGUCCAGCAGCUGCAUUCAUAGUUAUACUGUGCACUAUUGUAAUGUUGUUUGGUAUAUCAACCUCUUCAACAUUCAAUGUCAUUUCAACUAUAAUUAAUGUAGGUAUAUUAGUAUUCUUUAUUGGAGUAGGAGGCACUAGAGUAGUGCCAAGUAACUGGAUUUACCAGCAGGACUCAUUCGUACCAUUUGGAGCCGUUUCAGUCUUUUCUGCAGCUGGAACUGUCUUCUUCUCUUAUCUUGGAUUCGAUAUGGUCAGUUCUUUAGCCGAAGAAACUAAAAACCCUCAAAAGAACAUACCAAGAGGGAUCAUUGGCUCUCUCGGUAUUGCUGCGACUUUAUAUGUUGGAGUUGGACUAGUUGCUACUGGUUUAAUACCAUUUCAAUUCAUGGUACCUACUGAAGCUCCUUUGCUGUAUGCAUUGAACCACAGAGGUCUGGGAUGGGCAGCUAAAGUGGUAUCCUUUGGUGCUUUGUUUGGUCUAACCACAGCUACAUUUACCUGUCUACUGGGACAACCAAGGAUAUUCUAUACUAUGGCUCGUGAUGGUUUGCUGUUUCCAUUCUUCCAAUGGACAGUUAAGAGGUUUGAUGUUCCUGUAAUUGGUACAAUAAUAACAGGAAUAUUCACAGCAGGAGUUGCUUUCUUUAUGACUCUGGGUGCCCUAGCUGAUGCUAUAUCUAUUGGAACACUGAUGGCCUUUAGUUUAGUGUGUGCUGGUGUCAUGGUAUUGAGGUACACAGGAGGGAAGCGUGAUUACAUUCCAAUAUCACUCAUCAUUGCAUUUACAUGUGUCACCUUUAUGUCAGCCAUGUUCUUCACUCACAGUCUUCCUCUACCAGUUCCUAUUGUAUUUGGUGGAGUUGCUUUCCUUUUCUUCAUUGCUCUCUGUUUCAUGAAGACCUACAACACUCCAACUACAUUCAAGUGUCCUCUGGUACCUCUCAUACCAUGUCUAGGUAUUGCAAUCAACAUGUACAUGCUAGCUGGACUCAAAUCUGCUGCAUGGAUCAGACUGGGGAUAUGGCUGGCCAUUGGUAUACUCAUAUAUGUGUUCUAUGGUAUUUGGAACAGCAAAAUGAGGGACUAUGUUCCUAAAGCACCAGUAAAGCACACUCAAAUAGAAGUCAAGAAAGGAAGUGUUAACGGUACUAAUAACAGUGUGAUUUAUUAAACAUAAAUUUUUUUUGAUAUAAAUACUUUUACUUUUUGCUGA